AUGCGGGUGCGGGACCGGUCCGAGCUGUGGCACCUGCCUGGGCGGGCAUUUCCCGGCAGCUUUCCGGGCCCGCCGCCGCUGAUCCCGGGCUGGGAGGCAAGUGACAGUGCCCGGCAGCUCUGCUGCUGCUGCCGCCUGUGCGAGGUGCAGCCGGGGCUUGCGACGUUCAAGUGGUCCCUAAUGGAUGCACAGAACCUGCGAAUUGAGGAGCUCUUGCAGAAGGUCAAGCAGCAGCAGUACAAGCUGGACAAGCAGAAUCUGCAGAUUAAAAGCCUGCAAAGCAAGGUCAAUCUUCUCAUCCCCUUACACCUGAAGAACAACAAAACACAGUCUCUGAAGUGGAAGAUAAACCCGAAGAAAAGCCUCAGCUUCACCAACCAGAGCCAGAAUGCUAGUGGGGAGCCCAUGCUGACACAGAAGCUCCCAGAAGAUUGCCACCAGCUCUUCCUAGCUGGGCAGCAGAGCAGUGGUGUUUUCCAGGUGCAGCCUGCAGGGUCUCAGCCCUUCAAAGUCUACUGCGACAUGACCACAGAGGGUGGCUGGACAGUGAUCCAGAGACGCACAGAUGGCUCUGUGGACUUCGACCAGCUCUGGGAUGCCUACAAGAAUGGCUUUGGAGACCUUCAUGGUGACUUCUGGCUGGGCCUGGAGAAGAUAUAUCAGCUUGUCCAAGAGGGAAGAUAUGAUCUCCUGAUUGAGCUGGAAGACUGGGAGGGAAAUUCCCAGGUGGUUCAGUUUGUCUUUAGCCUUGGUGGUGAGAGCACAGCCUACACACUUAACUUGCUGGGAUCUCUGUCUGGAGAGCUGGAAAACGCCAUGGGGGACUUCAGGCAGCUGCCCUUCUCCACUCGGGAUCGUGACCACGACCUCAAGGCUGACACAAACUGUGCCAAACACCUCUCAGGUGGCUGGUGGUUCAGCACCUGUGGCCAUGCCAACCUGAACGGGAAGUACUUCCGCUCCAUCCCCCGCCAGAGGCACGAGCGCAAGCAGGGCAUCUUCUGGAAGACAUGGAAGGGCAGGUAUUACCCCCUGAAAUCAACCACCAUGAAAAUCCAGCCCGCGGCAUUGGAAGCAGAGCGCUAAAGCUGCCACUUGAGACUUGACCUUCUCUGUGGAGCACUGACCUCAGCUCCAUCACUUGGUGUUUACAGAAAACAACCCCCCCUCC